AUGGAAUCGAAUCAAAUCGAACAACAGAAGCAGCAGAUCUCACAAUUGGAGGCUCAAGUCGCAUCGCUCAAGGCGCAAUUGGAGGAUGCGCUGACGACUGCAGGAGCGCAGGGAGGCCGCAGGAAGAAGAUCGAGGAGAUGUCUGCUGAGGUGAUCGAUUCCAACCCCUACAGCCGCCUCAUGGCCCUCAAGAGGAUGGGAAUCGUCGAGAACUAUGCCCGCAUUCGCGAUUUCAGCGUGAUCGUGGUCGGCAUGGGUGGUGUGGGCAGCGUUGCCGCCGAAAUGCUGACCCGCUGCGGCAUUGGCAAGCUUAUCAUGUUCGAUUACGACAAGGUCGAGAUCGCCAACAUGAACAGGCUGUUCUUCCGUCCCGACCAGGCGGGCAUGACGAAGACGGCCGCGGCCGAGCAGACUCUGAGGGACAUCAACCCCGACGUCGAUUUUGAAGCGCACACGUACGACAUCACGUCCAUCGACAACUGGGCACACUUCCUCGACCGGCUCAGCAAGGGCGGCAAGAACGGCCAGAGCGUCGAUCUCGUGCUCGGCUGCGUCGACAACUUUGAGGCGCGAGUCGCCGUCAACAAGCUGGGCCAGUCGUGGAUGGAAUCGGGCGUCUCGGAGGACGCCGUGUCGGGACACAUUCAGUUCAUCAUCCCCGGCGAGACCGCCUGCUACGAGUGCGCGCCGCCACUCCUCGUGGCCAGCGGCAUCAACGAAAAGUCGCUCAAGCGCGAGGGCGUGUGCGCUGCCUCGCUGCCCACCACCAUGGGCGCUGUUGCCGCCAUGCUCGUGCAGAACACUCUCAAGUACCUCCUGGGCUUUGGCGAGGUGUCGUACUAUCUCGGCUACAAUGCCAUGACGGACUACUUCCCCCGCUACGCCAUGAAGCCCAACGCCGAGUGCGAUAACAAGGACUGCGUCAAGCGCCAGGAGGAGUACAAGGCCAAGCUCGCCGCUGCGCCCAAGGUCGAGCAGAAGAAGCAGGAGGAGCCCGCCAAGCCCAAGCACGAAACCAACGAGUGGGGCAUCACGGUGGUGGAUGACGAGGAUGAGGAGGAGGAGGUGCAAGUGCCCGUCGCCAAGGCCCAGGAGGCGCUGCCCGACGGCCUCGUGCGAUCGUUUGAUGCGGCCAAGCUGGACGUGAAGGCCGGCGACAUCGUGCAGACCGACGACGCCCUCAAUCUGGACGACCUUGCCGCCCAGCUCAAGGGCCUCUCUUCCUGA